AUGGAGGAAGAACUCUUAUUCAGAGUCAUCAUUGUAGGAGAUACUGGGGUUGGGAAAUCCUGCGUAUUGUUAAGAUUCAGCGAAAACAUUUUUAAGGAGCAGCACAAUGUGACGAUUGGGGUGGAAUUUGGCACAAAAACUGUUAGGAUUAAUGAUCAGCCUAUAAAGUUACAAAUUUGGGAUACAGCAGGGCAGGAAAGUUUUCGAAGCAUAACCAGGAGUUUUUAUAGAAGGGCAGAUGGCGUUUUAUUACUCCCCCCUCUGUGAGCGAACAAAACCAUUAGAAAAAUCCCUAUUUUUUGCCCAAAAAUCCACCCUCCAUAAGAGAACAAAAUUUUUUAUGGGAAAAAAUUUUGAUAUAUAAGUGAUAACUAGUAUCAUGAAAUCUCGAGCUAAUUCUAUUUAAUUUUAAACAAACAUAAAUUUUAUAAAUUAAUACUUGCCUUCCAAUUUUCGAGAAGUGGGAUUUUUUUAAAAUUUCAAAAAAAUUUUUUUCUUUAAAAUUUAUAUAUAAUUUUUUUUUCCAAAAUUAACCCCCCUCCGUGAGUGAACAAAAAAAUCUUGUUCACUCACGGAGGGGGGAGUUAGUAUAUGACACAACCGCAAAACACACCUUUGAAAAUUGUGAAUAUUGGCUAGAUGAGAUACGCCAAAAUGCUUCAGCUGAUGUUGUUUUAUAUCUAGUUGCCAAUCAAGUUGACCUAAUUGACUCUGGAGAAGCUAGAGAAGUUACUACAGAAGAAGGCCGGAAAUUCGCUGAAAGACACCAGCUGGCAGGCUUUAAAGAGACUUCUGCUAAAAGUGGCCUUAAUGUUGAAGAAACAUUUAUGGACUUCACAAGGGUUCUGUAUGAGAGGUGGAAAGAUAGGAAAGAAAUAGAGCCAGCACCACAGCCGAAAAUUGAGUUAAGGGCGACAAAGUUGAAGAAAAAGAAGAAAUGCUGCUAG